AGAAGGAGGAGGCGGGGGGAGAGCGAGCUUCAGGAACGGCGCCUGCGCGGUGGGCGUGAUCCGGGCACUUAGGGCAGGAUGAACGCUGCUUUCCAAGAUGGCGACGGAGGGAGGAGGGAAGGAGAUGAACGAGAUUAAGACCCAAUUCACAACCCGGGAAGGUCUGUACAAGCUGCUGCCACACUCGGAGUACAGCCGGCCCAACCGGGUGCCCUUCAACUCGCAGGGAUCCAACCCUGUCCGCGUCUCCUUCGUAAACCUCAACGAUCAGUCUGGCAACGGCGACCGCCUCUGCUUCAAUGUGGGCCGGGAGCUCUACUUCUAUAUCUACAAGGGGGUCCGCAAGGCUGCUGACUUGAGUAAACCAAUAGAUAAAAGGAUAUACAAAGGAACACAGCCUACUUGUCAUGACUUCAACCACCUAACAGCCACAGCAGAAAGUGUCUCUCUCCUAGUGGGCUUUUCCGCAGGCCAAGUCCAGCUUAUAGACCCAAUCAAAAAAGAAACUAGCAAACUUUUUAAUGAGGAAAGACUAAUAGACAAGUCACGAGUAACCUGUGUCAAAUGGGUUCCCGGUUCGGAAAGCCUUUUCCUAGUAGCCCAUUCGAGUGGGAACAUGUACUUGUAUAAUGUGGAGCACACUUGUGGCACCACAGCCCCCCACUACCAGCUUCUGAAGCAGGGAGAGAGCUUUGCCGUGCACACUUGCAAGAGCAAAUCCACGAGGAACCCUCUCCUUAAGUGGACGGUGGGCGAGGGGGCCCUCAACGAGUUUGCUUUCUCCCCAGAUGGCAAGUUCUUAGCGUGCGUGAGCCAGGACGGGUUUCUGCGGGUGUUCAACUUUGACUCGGUGGAGCUGCACGGUACGAUGAAAAGCUACUUUGGGGGCUUGCUGUGUGUGUGCUGGAGCCCGGAUGGCAAGUACAUCGUGACAGGUGGCGAGGAUGACUUGGUGACAGUCUGGUCCUUUGUAGACUGCCGAGUCAUAGCCAGAGGCCAUGGGCACAAGUCCUGGGUCAGUGUUGUGGCGUUUGAUCCCUAUACCACUAGUGUAGAAGAAAGCGACCCUAUGGAGUUUAGUGGCAGUGACGAGGACUUCCAAGACCUUCUUCAUUUUGGCAGAGAUCGAGCAAAUAGUACGCAGUCCAGGCUAUCCAAACGGAACUCUACAGACAGCCGCCCCGUGAGCGUUACAUAUCGGUUUGGUUCGGUGGGCCAGGAUACGCAGCUCUGUUUAUGGGACCUUACAGAAGACAUCCUUUUCCCUCACCAACCCCUCUCCCGAGCAAGGACACACACAAAUGUCAUGAAUGCCACGAGUCCUCCUGCUGGAAGCAACGGGAACAGUGUCACAACGCCUGGGAACUCUGUACCCCCUCCUCUGCCACGGUCCAACAGCCUUCCACAUUCAGCAGUCUCAAAUGCUGGCAGCAAAAGCAGUGUCAUGGAUGGGGCCAUUGCUUCUGGGGUCAGCAAAUUUGCGACACUUUCACUACAUGACCGGAAGGAGAGGCACCACGAGAAAGAUCACAAGCGAAACCAUAGCAUGGGACACAUUUCUAGCAAGAGCAGUGACAAACUGAAUCUAGUUACUAAAACCAAAACGGACCCAGCUAAAACUUUGGGAACGCCCCUGUGUCCUCGAAUGGAAGACGUUCCCUUGUUAGAGCCGCUGAUCUGUAAAAAGAUAGCACAUGAAAGACUGACUGUAUUAAUUUUUCUUGAAGACUGUAUAGUCACUGCUUGUCAGGAGGGAUUUAUUUGCACAUGGGGAAGGCCUGGUAAAGUGCCGGCAGAGCACUUCUGCAGGCAGGAGGACGGAAGGCAAGGCGUUCCCCCAGACCAGAACUAAAGGUGCCUGACCACGCGAGGAGAAGGGGGCACUGGAGAGGGGCAGGCGGGCCCCCCCCAGAAGUGCUUCUAAGUAAUGGCUCCUGCAGACCUGGGGAGGGGCAGCCCCGGGGGUGCCCGAUCUCAGAUGCGUAAGGUGCCGGGCCACAUUGCUUCCACGGCGGCCACUAAGAAAUUCGGGGAGCAUUUUUGUAGUUUUCUCACCAAACUUUGAGCUUCCUCAUUGAAAUUUUUCAAAGUUUUUCAGUUUAAAUGUUAUCAUGAGCAAGAUUAUCUUUUCUAACCUAACCUCUAGAAUAAAAUACAGCAGUUGGCAAGAGGAGGCUGCUGUUCAGACGUGCCCUGGGCACAGAGACAAAGGCAAGGGGGUCUUGCCCUCCCCUGGCAAGAGGGCGAACUCGGCCCCUGUGCAGCGUCAGAACACUCAGAGGGGCCAGGCCGGGGCAGCGGGGAGCCUGUCUACAUGCCCUGCUCUGACUUGCCUCUCCUGAACCUUCCAGUAAUUCCGGAAUCCAGGUCUGUGCUGUGACUUUGAUGAGGCGGUUCUACACCCCACUGGCAGCCCCAGCCCUUGUCGGAGGCUUUCUUCUUGUUCAGGGGCAGGGGAAUUAAGACCCCCCCCCAAAGAGGCCUGGAGAAGGGACACUUUGGAAAACCUUGCCUUCUUCUAAAAGCAAAUGUGUAAGAGGGAGUAGGCAGACACUUUAAAAAUAGCUAGUAACUUUGGGCUCUAAACUUACUUAAUAGUGGUAAAGAAUCUUAAUUUCUCUUUCAUGCUGACUGAACCUCCUAGCAGUUUGGUGUCCUGUGAGCCCUGAGCUUGAGACUAAGGAUAAAUGCCUUAAGAUGGAAACAUGGAGGGGUAGAAAGACAGAAAAGAAGCUAUAACAAUGAUUAUUGUCUCAAAGACAUUCAGAAAUUCUGAGAAACAAAGUGCUGUGCCCCCUAAACACCUGACCAGUUGUUACUGGCAUGCACCCAGGUAGGGUUUCAUAUUCUUCUCCCCGUUUAGCUUCACACCCAGUCCCAGGUGGCAGAUGGCCAGGCAGCCACUUCUCCCCAGUUCCCCGCUUCCUGUGAUGCAUCUUAAAUAUUAAAGAAGUUUUUAAGUAUUACAUUUGUGCUGAAGUUGGUGAAAUUGCCUUAUCACAUGCCUGCACCUGAGAACAAGGUCCUUGUCACCUCUUGCCUGAGAAGGAGAUGUUUUAUUUGUUAUUGAGCAAGCUCAGAGUGUGAGGAGGAAAAAGCCAAAGGGUCAAGGAGGCUGGAGAAGGAAUCCUUUGGAAAACCAGAUGGUGCAUCUGGCUGUCCGAGGAAGAGCUAGAAGCAGAGUUCAACUGUGCAUUUCCUGAUGAAAGACUAACGGAGCGCAGUGUGUGGGGGUGAGGGCUUGGUCGGGGGGCUCAGAGACCCUUGCACUGCCUCCAACACCGGUGGCCGAGGGGCGCAGUUGGCCUCUGAGUUUCUGAUUGCACCACUGCGGUGGGUGUGUCCAUCGUGGAGGGCUCGCUCCUCGGCAGUGAGAACCUCUGUGCACAUGGUGACCUGGAGACAUCGCCCCUGGCCUGGUCUGGGUUACAAAAGGGAAGGUGGAUAUGCCUCCUGUCCUGGGACCAGGGUGAGGGCCUUCCCUUGUGCAGAGCCUGCCCUGGGGCUGAUUGGGACCGUCACCUGUUGGUUUAGGUUGACAAGGCACUCAGCAUGCUGGCUCCAGUGAUGUCCCAAAGAGAGGAAACAUUCAUAUGGCCAAAGUCAAGUCUGUGGCUCACCAUUUAAAAGCACUUGUAUUAACUGUUACCUUUGAAACUCAGAUGCCAAGUUAAAAAUUGUAAGAACGGGCCCCUCCAAUAGAGGGAAACUCUCCCACCGAUGGUUUUUUAUUCAUUGCUGCAUCUGUUACGUGAACUUGUGUCACAGUUAAAUUGCUGUCUCUCAGUUAAAAGUGUAAAGGAAAUAUUUCCUGCAUUUUCAUGAUUUCUGUAUACCCAAGUUUAUUAAAGAUUGUUACGUUAGGUGACACUGUAUAAAACUGUAUGGGUAUUUACCUUCAGUGAAAAUCAAAAGUAAAAUUCACAUGUAUUUCAUUUUUUACAUUUUCAUCCAAUUUCUUGACAACUUGAAUAAAUUUGAUAAAGAGCCUUCCUAACAUGAAUAUUGGUAAAUUAAAUGUUGCAAUAAUUAAUGAAGCUUUAAUAUCAGUAUUGUUACUUCAUAAUUUCAAGAAAAUCAUGUUUCUGUUUCAAUGCUUUGUUUUUUAGCUGUUCCCUUGUCACUGUCACAGCUAAAGAGACAACAUACUUGAUAAUCUGAAGUACUUUGGGGUUGUCCUUUGUAUAUUGACAUUAAAUAAACGUGUGAAUGCAUUGUAAAUGUAGAUAGUUUUCAAUAGUUGUUUUCACAUCUAAGCUUUAAAAAAUCUCAGUGAACCAAAAAGAAAAGCUUUUAAAUGCUUGUUAAUGUUUAUAGAACAAAUAGCCACAGGAAUUUCUACCUCUUAGUACUGAUUCUGAGUUUC